UGGGCGUUGCGCAAAUGGUGAAAAGUCGCGUGGAAGACAUUCCGAUCUAUUGAAUUUCUGUGCAAAUUAUACGAUUAGCAUUGUAAGCCGGCUUUGUUAGUUCAGCACGCUACAAAAGUACUUCUCCCCUUUCCAUUCGCUUCGGAAACAAUUUCCCUGCAGUUUUCCCCAUUUUCUUGUCCCGUGCGGCCAUCUCCAUUGAGCUGAAAUGUCUGAUCCUCGCCUGCGCCAGCUAACCAUCAAAACAGGUGUUGUGAAGCGUCUGUCCAAGGAAAAGGUCGUGUACGAGAAGGAAGUUGUAACGCAGCAGAACCGCAUCGACAAACUGAAAGCAUCCGGCUCGGACGACCAUGUGCUGCGCAAGCAGGAAGAGGUACUGCAGGAAUCCAUGAUGAUGAUUCCGGACUGCCAGCGACGUUUGGCUAAAGCGCACGAAGAGCUGUCGGAAAUGAUCAAAAACGAGGAGGAGCUGAAGGAAACGGAACAAUAUCAAGCGGCCGUGGCUGCGCUGGAAGAUGCCAAAGUAAAUUUGCCGCAAAAGAUCACUGCAUAACUGCUUGCCGUGCUGGAGAACUAGUUUUAAGGCUAAAUAAGCGAACUACAUAACCUUACGAAUUCACGCAAAAUCUUACCAUUGCCUGUUUUUAUCUAACACAAUUUGAGUGCACCAUGGCUGCACGUGCCACGCCGCACCAGACGGACGUAUCGAGACCUCCUCCUCAAAUAGAUGAUUCCUUCCCACAUCCCACACUGUUGGAACAGUUGCGAGUAGCCGAUGAGCACUGUGUGCAACAGUUUCUAGCUUGCGUACCAAGCGCAAAUACGCCCCAUGAGAGUAAACCCAGUCCCUCGCCCAUGCCGGUCAAUAUUGGCACCUACCGGGAAGAACUACGUGAAGCAUUGCGCGUUUUGCAAACUCUGCACCAUUCAAUGUUGGUUCUGGAGGAGCUAAAAGAGGACGAUCCAAACUGGAAGGAAGAAGUCCAGCGUGCGGAACAGCUGAAAUCACUUCUUGUGGAUUCUCUACUACCACUGGAAGAUGCAAAUAGAAAGGAACAACUAGCGCACAAGCUUACCAUCCGGCAAAAGAAGCGAGCAUGGCAAAAACGACGUAACGAGCGCCUCAAAGCGAAUCGAACAGCUCAGCAAGCGUUUCGCGUGGAACGCCUUCGGGAAAUUGCAACCUGGCAAGCGGACUGGCAGGAACGUCUCAACCAGGAACGCAUCGCCCGGGAAGAGCUACAGAUGAAAACGCACAUCCUAACCGACGUCCGGCGUCGAAAGGCUCGCGCUAAACGAGUGUUGGGUCGGUUCGAAAAAUCCCUUCGGCUGCGCCAACAACGCCAGCGCAGCAAACCCACGAUCGAUCCCGAGCUGGAAGAAAGCUUCCGAAAGCGCAUGGACACACUCGUCACCGAGUGGAGCGGCAAGCUGAACGAGUGCGUUAAGGAGGAAAAACGAUUAAAGGAUGAGCUAACCCGCCAGACCGUCGGUAAUGCGGGCCGGCGCCGGGAGAACCGUUGGCGCAAGGUUUUGUUCGGUUCUGCUGCACAAAGUGCGCUACCAUCGGGCCGCCGAUCUAAUAAGGAGGAUUUGUGGCAAGAGCUCGUCACGGUACGCCGAGCUUGGGAUAAGUUUUGUUUGCCCUUUGAACCGAACAACAGUGCGAACAAUGCUGGUGGCAGUGUUGCUCCUUCCACGUGGGUUCUUCCACCGGAGCAGCCACUCCCCGUGUGGGGUGUGUAUCGGGAUGGGGGGCAGCAAAUCAAACAUGGGAAAGAGAGCCAUCGAUACCCAGCCCGCAGCAGUGUUUGAAUGUGCACGAGCAGUUUAUGGCGAUGACGAUGUUACAUUUAUGAGAUGAAUUAUCCAAAUGGCUAAUAAAACGUAGCUACACAUUAACAUGACUAACGAA